GACGCGCUCAUCAGCGACACCAUCGACCUCCUAGGCUUCGCGCCGGCGCCCAAGGAGCCCAAGGAGCCCAAGAAGAGGAAGCAGGGGAUCGAGCAGACGAAGCCCCCGGCUGGCCGGCCAGACCAUAGCGCGAUCCUUACCUCUAUGAGCUCUACGGUCAAGUCGAGGGGCCCUUGGUUGGCCCAUCACAAGUCGGCAAGCGCAGGCCGGCUGCAGGUGGAGACCGAGGCGAAGAACCCUCUGAGCAGCAGCGGUAAGGUGGCGAACAGGGAUCUGUCCUCCAAGACGAAGCAUGCCAGCCUGUCUGCUCGUACCCUCACGCAGGGAGCGGAGGAAGCGUCUGCCCCCUCGGUCUCCUCCCUGCGGCCUCCUCUUGCUCCUCGGCUGCGAACGCUGAGCAGGAGCGCGUCCUCCACACCCCCGGCAGGAGCGUCGAGACAGGCGAAGGAGAACGUGUGCGCACGGAACAAGCCUGCUCAACCGGGGGGAGGGGAAGAGGCGAAGGAAGAGAAGCUGGGGGGGUUCGAGCUUGUGUUCCCCCACACCUCCGAGCUGAAGCAGCAGUGCGAGAAAUGCUUACAGAGCAACUCGGUAGACAUCCGACCCUUCGUGCAGGCGAUCAAGGAGGCGGAGCUGAGGUUGAGGAAAGAGGCUCGUGGCAGUCGCAAGGCAGCAGGGGAGGAAUGAGAUGAGACGAGAUGAGAUGUGAAUGUAUUAUUUAACCUUCUUGCCAUGGAGAGGACAAUGUUAUAAUAAAGUGACUUAAUGAAUGUG